GAAUUUUUAUAAAUCAUUUUUGAAUGGACAGCUGCCAAAUUUGUAUGGAAAAUUAUAUGGACAAACUAAUGAUGCAAAAUGGCUUCUUUAGGCAUACCGAAGGCACCAAAAAAGUUUCAGUUGGAUUAAAAAAUACAAAAAAUAAAAUCAAAGAAAAAAGACCGAUUUCGUAGAGCAUUGCUCAGGUGCCAAAUAACAUAUUAGCCUAAUUAUUUAUUUUAAUGUUCUCGACAAAUACACCGUGCUUGAGGGAGAAUGUUUGAAGUUCUGUAAAACUCUUCAGAGUGAUCUUAUCACGUCGCUGUUUUCUGCAACACAAAGUAAUGAUUUUUUAGUGAUGUUAAAUUUCAUCUUAGGGGAAGAACAAAGCUGCACAAAUAAUUUAACAGAAAUAAAAACGGGUUUAUCAUAGCACAUUGAUUUUAACUCAACUAAUUCGCUAGCUAGUAAUUCAAUUCCAUUUUUUAAAACAUAACAUUCCACAACACGAGUUAAAAAAAUACCACCAGUAUGAGCAAUUUGCAACACGUGUCAACGUCAAUAAAAUAUUGAGAUACCCUAGAAAACCAGCGUGCCAAAACACUUUCGCAAACAUUCCGUUUCAUUGCGAGGGUUUCCAAUGGAAACAGAAAUUCCUGCUCCGAUCAGUUAGAUCGAUAGUGUUUCGCGUCUGUUUGCGCUUCAUGAUAUUGUGGAAUUUAUUACUUAUUUCAAGGAAUUUGAGGUUAAAAUGUCUGCACCUAAGCCACUUCUGAAUGUCGAAAGUCUCGCACUGACCAACAAAAAGAUCGCAGAGCUGAAGAAAAAAGUUCAACUUGCCGAGGGUCAGAAAAAGGCUUACACCGAGGAGUACGCGGACUCCAAAAAGACUCAGAGCGAGAAAAUCGCCGAGCUAAAGAAGCAGGUUCGCGAGCUGACCAACAAGCUGUCCUACCUGCACAACCCAAACAGUGCCAAAACGCAGCGAAAUGUGCAAGAGAUCAAGCGGCGGGUGCAGUUGCCACCGGGCGCGAAAACCGUCCACGAUGCGUUGACCGUGGUGGACUUGAAGAUUAUCGAUUUGAACAAACAGGCCGAUGCUACCGAUGCAAAGCACAAGAAGAGGGAGGCUUACUACAGGAAGCUGGUCGAGCAGUACCACAUAUUGAUGGGGUACAAGAACUCGAAGAGCGACGGGUCAAAUCCACCGGAAACGGUUGAGGAGGACGCGAACCGGAAGUUGAUAACACACCUGGAGAACGAGAUUCAUCGGACGUCGGUGCAGUGGAUGGAGGCGGAACAUAUCCGGAAGAAGUAUCGCGGGAUAAAGCAGGCACUAAUGGGAGAUGCGGAGAAGUUUGAGAGUUCGCUGUUGGAGUUGGAGCAAGCGAUCACGGAACAGCUGGCGGAGAUCACGAAGCUCGAGUCGGUCCACAAGGAGGCACUGCAGAUGAGGGACAGUACAAAGUCGGUUCUACAACGGCAGGAGCAGACGACGCACUACGCGUACAAGUCCCGGGAGAAGCAGUCGCAGGACUUUAGACGCCAGGUAGAGGAGAGAAAGCUGGAGUUGGAACGGCUGGAGCGGAAGAUUUUCUCCUCGGGAAAGACACUGAUCCAUCAAGAAAGUGCGCUGUCCGUUACCGGCGAGGGUGAUGAUGCGACAGGACACGGCAAAGAUACGGCCACAGAGAUGGAGCAAAAGUUCAAGAAGCUGAUGCAAGCAACGGGGGUCAGCGCGGCCAGCGAAGUCGUGGAUCGCUUCCUGGCUCAACGGGAGGCUUCCGCUCGGUUGACGUACCUCCGCACGGUCACCGAGAACGAGAAGAAGCAGCUGGAGUCCCAGCGGGAGCUGAUGACGGCCCAACUGGAUUCGUUCAAGUUCGCCGACGUCAAGGACAGUGAUGUAAAUCAAGAGGAGCUGGAAAAGUUACGCAAUUCGAUCGAAGAGCAGAGGGCACGCCGUGAAGAGUGUGAAAAGGCGAGCGGCUACACGUUGAACGUGUUCAACACGAUCAAAGACACGUUGGUCGAGCUGCUGAUAGCACUGAUCGAAAUGGAAGAAAACUUGGGGAUUCAGCUGAUGCGCCGCUCACCCACCAAACAGGCAGAAAUGGACGACAUUUCCGCCGGCAACAUCUCAAUCGAUGAUUUGGGAAACAUGCUGGAGGAGAAAAUUAAACUCGGUAUGAUCGCGAGUGGUCAGCUGGCCAACGACGCCGACAGUGGACUGUCCGAGGACGAAAGUGAAACACCUCGUCCUCCUCCUCCCAGUGCUCUCCAAGUUCCCGCGCCCAGUCCAUCAGCCACCGCGUCCUCCGUGGCUCAAGAUGAUCGAGACAAGCCGGCCGCUUAUCCGCCGGUUUACAUCAGUUUGGUCACUGGCAGGGCAGCAGCGCAGCAAUCGGCCGCUUCGCCCGGCCCUGGAGCGACCGUCGUGCUAUCCGAUGACGAGGCGGAAGUUCCGUCGCGGGGAUAUUUGAAGCGCCAGGCGAACAUGAUCAUUGAGGCCAAGUCCCGGCGCAAGGGCUUCCGAAUGCCACCGCCAAAGAGGCGUUAAGCGCAAACAGUUUUUGAAGUUGAAAAAUGUGUGAGUUUGAAGAACCAGUGGACCUUUAAUUUCAUAAGUAUAAAUUACGUUGAAUACAGUGACACAACGUUAUUCUAACAAAACUUAGUUUCUAUACCCGUGACCAAGCGUUUAUAUUUUUAUAAAAUUGUAUACCAAGAUAAAACUUUCGAAAUUUCUAAUUAUUUAAUUUUUUGAAAACUUGCCAUGAAAGAAUCUUAGAUAAUCCGUAAGAUUAAUUAUCGUUUUUCGUAUAACAAUUUUAUGCAACCGAUUUUCACAGGACCACUUUACACUCAUUAACUUUGUCAAAUCAACAACCAGAACAAAUGUAUCCAACCAUCAAAGUUUACCAGUAAAAAUCAGCUCACGUUUUAUGUGCGUUAGCCGUUCAAAUAUAUUUUUGAAUUUCAACCCAACACAAUUCCAAACUGCAGAAGAGAAAACUUAAUUCGAAUAAGUUCAAAAACAAGCUUUUGUUUAAAAACUUAUUUAAUGAAAUAACUUUCCGAAACAUAAAAUGUUUGACUUGUAACAUUGCCAAAAAAAUAAAUGAAACCAGUAAUUUUUCAAAAACAAUGACUUAACUAAAUCGAUUCAUAGUUCAAUAAUAACAUGGUUUAAAAUAUUAAAAAAGGUUGAAAAUAAUUUGAAUUAAAAAAGCAGGCGAUUCAGGCCGAAUCCUUGAAGUAUACAAACAAUAGUCUGAAAAUUGCCUUAAAUUUUACAUUCUAAACAAAGAGAAAGCUUUAAAGAAAGAAAAAAAAAAUACUAAAGAAGCCAACGCAUUUAGUUCAAAUAGACCUCAUUAGCCCUUAAAAAUAAAAAAAAAAUAUUGUCCGUUUCUCUCAAAAUGCCGCGCGGCAUUUCAGAAUGUGCCGUAGACAUUGUUGCCAACGAUUUUCUGCACUUUUGAUGCAAUAAAAAACAUACCUGGCAACGAUGCCAGGCGAUUCGAAGAAGAAGAUCAACACAAACAAAAUGCGCAGUAUGGGAAAGAUUUGCCGAAAGUGCGGCGCGUCGAUUCGAGGCUGAUAUGCCGCGUGUCUUUUCCGGAAAUACGCGCAAUAAAUAAAAGCAGAGUGUCAAACCCACGGCUACGUCACGACUGUAAUACAAAGCGAGUGAAGUCAAAAUCGAACCAAGUUUGGCGUUUGAAAAAGUCGUAUGCUGCGCAUCGGUCAUAAUUUACACAAUUUAAAACUUUUUUUAGUUUAUUGUAUUCUUCAAAGAGAUUUAUAUUUAAUUUCGGAUUUGAACUAGGAGAACAGCAUUUAAUUCCAUCGAGCACCUAAUGUACGCAUAUUAGCACUUUGAUGUAUUUAAAACUAGUUUAAACAAAUGUCGACGGACAUUUAUUCUUAAAGCGCAAACCAAGAAAGAAUCAAACGUAAUUUAUUUUGUUCCAAAGAAAUUGAUUCUCUUUCACUUUUAGUUAAGUGUAUUGUGUUGUAUGUAUUGAUUGUAUGGUCAAGUAGAACUUUCUAAUAUUUUGAUUUAAUAUUGUAAUAAAUGUUAAUUGUGGAAAAAAUUACGUAAUACUUCUAAUUAUCUCAAAUAUAACAGCAAAAGAAAGUGAAAACUUCCAAAAAAAUAUUUUAGAAAAAUAAAAAUGUAUGUAUUUUAUACGAUCUUUUCAAAAACCACAUGUAAACAAUAUUGACAUAUUGACAAGUUUAAUUGUAGAUUUCAUAAAAAAAAAAUUUCUACAGAUAUAUGUGAUAAGAACACACAUUUUAGAAAAGAUUUUGCUGGAAGCUGACUUUAAUUUAGUGGUCAAUUGAGCACAGUGGACCGAGGCAAACAUGGUAAGAAAAAUUACUUUUUGGUUAGUGCAACUGAGCCGCCCGGUGUGCGUCGUUAAAAUUCAAUCAAGGUGGACAAAACUCGUCACGAUUUUUUUGAGUUUUUGCUUAUUAUUGCAUUAAUUUACAAGUAUUCGCACAGAAAAUGCUUUAAAAUAGUGUGCUUACUUAAGAUGUAACAUUUGGUGAUAAAUUUGCAGUUGGAAAAACUAUUUUGGAGCUGUAAUUGAACGUCAAAGUGCUGAUAUGGCAACAUUAGAGGCACGAUGGAGUUAGAUGCUGUUCCCCUAGGAGUUCUACGUUUUAAAAUUUCUUUUUUAUCCUCGAAGGCAAGGAUGGGUUGUAUUGAUUUAACAAAUAACUUUAUCUAAAAAAACUGAAUACUGAAACCAAAAAUAAAUGUUUACCA